UCCCUGCACAUGCAGCCGUUCGGUAUGUUUAACUGUUAUCGGUGAAAACAGAGAGUGAGUCGGUGUGCGCAUGGGCCGGAAAAACUGGUCACAAACAAUCGUCCCUCCGACACGCUUUUCCAGUCGAAGAUGGUCCUACGAGAAGGAAACUUGCUACAGUUAGAACGUGUGCGAAAGAAAUCGUGGUGAGAGAGUUCCAAGUGCGGGGAAAAUUUUCCUUACCGGUCGUUGAAUUAACUGGAGGAUGAGCAAAGUUCGAAGGACGAACAAGUUUGACCUUGUUCGCAAACCAGCAGCGGUGUAAAUAAUUGGAAUUUUAUGUGGUUUGUGCAAUAGCAGGAUUCUGAUUCGAUUCCAGUUAGUUAAUUUGUCAAGAAAUUCUCCACAAAAAGUCGUUGUGUGUAGUGAGUUAUGCUUGUGUUGUGAUCACACGAGCUAAGUGGUUCGUACGUUUAAGGAGCGUUCUAAAUACAGCUCAAGUGAAUCAGCUGAAAACGAGCUAAUUGAAUUAGAGGUGCUUUGUGAUGGAAUGUUAUGCCUCUGUAUGUAAAGUGCCGUUGUGAAUAUUUUAUGUAAAUUAACAUUCAACGGGAUGACCAUCAAACGAACCGCUCCUCUUUAAGUCGCCUCACUUAGGACAGUGUAUUUUUGAUUAAUCUAGUUUAACAAAAACCUCCAAAAAGGAAUUACUUCUAACCAGUCGACGUAACUACAUGCACCAGCCCACAAGAUGUCGAUGAUAAAAUGCUGCUUCGAACCACUGGAAAUGCCCGAAUUUCUCGAUUCGUUCGUGAAAAAGUGCACCGAAGGCUGUUGCUGUGGUUGCUGUUCGGCCUUGCGGCCCCGCUACAAGCGGCUGGUAGAUAACAUCUUUCCGGCCAAUCCGGAAGACGGAUUGGUGAAAUCGAACAUGGAAAAGCUCACCUUCUACUCGUUGCGCUCGCCGGAGAAGCUCGACCGUAUCGGCGAGUAUUUGUACCAGCGUGCCUCAAAGGACAUCUACCGCAAACGUUAUAAGUUCGUCGAGAUCGCGAUGGAAGCGAUGGAUCUACUGCUGAUGGCCUGUCACGCCCAGAUACUAAAUCUGUUCGUUGAGUCAUUUCUGCGCAUGGUGCAGAAGCUACUGGAAGACACCAACCCAACGCUGCAAAUCAUGGCCACGAAUUCUUUCGUACGCUUUGCCAACAUUGAGGAGGACACACCGUCCUACCAUCGCCGGUACGACUUUUUCAUCUCGAAGUUUUCCUCCAUGUGCUACGGCAACAAUGAUGAUAUGGAGCUGCGUGACAGCAUCCGGAUGGCGGGUAUAAAGGGUCUGCAAGGCGUUAUCCGGAAAACCGUAUCGGAUGAUUUGGUGGCGAACAUCUGGGAAAAGCAGCACAUGGAAAAGAUUGUCCCAUCGCUUCUGUUUAACAUGCAAGCAGGUCCAUCGAAAUCGACGGAUACGGAAGCAACUCCUUCGACACCGCCUCUACUAGCGGAAGCGGUACUGCGCGAGCUCGUUAGUAGGGCCUCGUUUGGGCAUAUUAAAUCCGUGCUCAAGCCACUGCUAACUCAUCUCGAUCAUCAUAAGCUGUGGGUGCCGAACAAGUUCGCGAUCGAUACGUUCCGGAUCGUGAUGAUAUCGAUCCAACCGCAAUACUCGUACACGGUCGUCGAAACACUCAUGUCACAUUUGGACCAAAACUUAACCUCUUCACCCAAAACGCGCACCUCGCUUGCUGUGGUCCUGUCGAAGAUUAUCGCCAUUGCUGCCGGUGAAAGUGUGGGCCCAUCGGCACUCGACAUUAUCAACAAUCUGCUGAUGCAUCUGAAGACGAGCGUUAGUACGCAGCAUGAAUCCACCCCGGAAGAGACACAGUAUCAGGAAGCGCUCAUCAAUGCGCUGGGCGAAUUUGCGAAUCAUCAUCCCGACUAUCAGAAGAUCGAAAUAAUGCUUUUCAUCAUGAACACCGUACCGGAUCCGUCGAACAAGAGCAAAGGUGAUCAGCUGCUGCAGAACAUCCUGCUGAAGAGUUUGCUCAAGGUCGGCACCCAGUACCGGACGGUGUCAUUCGAGAAAGCGUUCCCAGUAUCGUUCCUGCAGCCACUGCUCAAGAUGGCCCGGGCCGCUUCCAUACCGAUCCGCAUCAUCGUGAUGCAAAUCUUCCAGCAGCUGCUCGAUCGGCAUCAAAACCAGCACCUGCUGAACGUGAUCAGCGUAAGCCACUAUCCGACACUUACCAUCGAAAGUCCAUCACGGUCGGAUAUUCUGUUCACGCACAAGUACGGUUCGAACAUACUGCAGGCCAUCAUCGAGAGCAUGUCGCAGGAGAACCAUCUGGAGGUGCUGAAGUCUUCGUACAACACGAUCGCGCUGGUGAUCGUGGAAAUGGCGUGCGGUGAAACGGUGCAGGAAUUUUUGCUGUUUAUACUAGGCCUACAGCAAGUAGCCAUAACCGAGGUGGAACUAUCGCCGAAACAUCGUUGCAAUCUGCACAGCAUUGCCAUUUCGCUGCUAAUCCUGCUCGGACGUUGUACCGGUAUCGGUUCGCUGGUGGAGUACGUCGAGAAGCUAAUCCAGGCACGAAAGGAGGAAGCAUCCUAUCUGUUGCCACCGCUGAUGGAUAACGACAAGAGUGCCCCGAGCACGCUGAACACUAAUCUGCCCCAUCUGCUCAUCGACAAGCUGGCGGUGGCGGAAUGUUUGCAGCAGGCCGGACUCGAAAGUAAUCGUGUGCAGACGGGCACACCGUACGCACUCAAUCAAACAGACAUAUCCGCCCAUCGGCAUUCCUGGGUCGAUACGCACAGUGCCGUCCGGAACAGUGUGGUCGAUUCGAGCUACAACGACAUCGAAAGUGUUAGCAGUUCGCCCGGCGUACAGAAACGUUCGCUAGCGUCCGAGUACAACUUCGAGUCGAUGAAGCGCGUACUGGCCGAACCGACGGAAGCUUCCAAGCGGGAGGCACGCGAAAAGCAGAUGGCAAUCGGGCGCACCUUCCGCGAGACGGCUUUCGAGGAUUUGGUACGCCGGACGGAACCGAAGCACGACGUCAUUCAAAACAAGCUGAAUGAAAUCUUUAACGCACUGUCGGCGGAACGGCAAAUUUCGGCUACGUGCAGCGUACAGGCCGGUUCAUUGCUUGCCGCUAACGGUGGAUUAGGCGGACCGACAAUGAUCGAACCGGGCAAACAUGUUGGAACGGGACAGCGGCCAAUCUACGAAAAUAACUUCCCAGAACUGUUCUUCUAUUAGGAUGAAAUGUUUGCACUGGAGAACCGGCGUAACUAGUGGUAAAUGGUAUUUGAAUUCCUCGGUGGGUUAAUUGUGUUUUUGUUUUUUUUUUCAUAUUUAUUUCGACGUUGGUGAUUGCUAAAGAAUUGUAUUAUUGAAUAAUAAAUGGCUGUCUUCAAUUCCAAAAAGAUGAAACUCCAAA